UAAAAACCGUAUGUGCGUGCGUUCUAAAUUAGAUGCCCGAUGUUCUGCUAUUAAUUAGCUAUAAGUUCCUGUCUUGGGGCAAGUUUUCGCCCCUUUCCUUUUUUGCUAAUUUCGAAAUUGGGUCAACGUGUGCGAUGCUACAUUGGCUGUUCGAGUUUAUAUGUUUUUUUGUUUGGCUGCUGCCGCCGAACCAGUUUAUUGACCUUGUUUUUCGGCUCUCCAAGUGCAAUUGGGGCUUGACUUUUGACAAUAUGUCCGACUUUUCUCUUUUAUGGGGAUCUACUGACUAGGAAUUAUAAUCGGCGGACAUGCAACGCAUUUGCAGCGCUGAUUUGAGUGGAAAUAAAUGUUUAUCACCACCUAGCAACACGAAUCCGAAUCACACACUCCUUCUUGGGGACAUUUCCGUUUUUUUCAACAACAAAGGCCAGUAACGACUGUCUGUGUGUGGGUGUGUUCGUGUGGGUAAUAUGGGGGUGGCGUUUUAAAUUGAUUAAAUUAACUGUUUUUAUUUCUGCCGAGUGUCGCGUCCCAUGUAAACAACAAACAGAUGUUUUGGACAUUAGAACCCUUAGUGUUGGAAAACGUCGCGCCCUCAGAUAGACGAUCAAACGCACAUUGUAGCUGUGAAAAGGAAUACAAAAUUUAAUUUUUUGUUGCGUUUAAAAAUAUAUUUUAUUUGUGAAUUAAUAUUUUGUGGAUUACAAAUUCGUCUGCGGCACAGCUAGGUCGCUAACUAACUUGUAAUUAAGUUAAUAACAAUAAGUUAAUGGCAACAGCAAAGCAGAUGUUUAAUAAGGUUAAAUCUGUUUUUAUUCAAUAAGCAGCGAUUAUAAACAAGAAUUUUUAAAUAAAUACUAUAAAGUAUUAAUAUUUAAUAGUGAAUUAAUUACAAUAAAGUGUGAUAAGGAGCAACACGAUAAUAGUGAAAGAUAAAGUGUUAAAGUUAAGCUCCGUAUACUAAAAAUGUCCGACUUUUAUGAACUUUUGAAUGUGCCAUCCACGGCCAGUUUCGAGGAGAUCAAAUGCAGCUACAAACAAUUGAUACUACAAUGUCAUCCCGACAAAUUACGACAGCUCGAUGACCCAAAUCCGGGAUCGGAGGCCCAGAACAGCGACUUCAAUGCGAUAAACGCGGCGUGGAACACGCUCAAAGAUCCCAUUAGGCGCAAGUACUACGAUGCCGAAUUGCUGCAGUCGAAAUUCCAGGCACACAGCAAUAUAUACGCUAGCGUAGAGCUGGAUGAAAUGCAGCGGAUCCCAGUGGAAAUCGAAGAAGACGACGAGGCAUCUCCCUCCCAAGAACCUGAUGCAGACAAAGGGCCGGCGACAAUGUGGAGCUAUGCGUACGACUGCCGAUGCGGCGGUCAGUAUCUGUUCGAUGGACCCGGAGACAAUGAAUCAUCCGAAGUGAUUGUGGAGUGCAACGAGUGUUCUUUAGUGAUUAUUGUGAAUCAACCCACAACAUGUAAAUAAAGAAUCCAAGGAGAAAUAAUGGAA